CUUGACUAAGCCCUUAUCUCACCCUUCCUCUUCACUCCAACAAGAAAUUCCGAUACCUCUCAAUUGACUCUAUCACCCGACCAAGCGUGACAUAUUCAUAUAACCUUUGUUCCCGAGACUGAUUUUGGUCAUCAUUCUUUGUCGUCAUUCUUUUUGUUGACUUCUUUGGUUCUUCGACUGUCUUAUCAGUGUUGCUGGGCAUCCCGCCAGUCAUCUGCCUGCUGCGUCAUUACCGCUGUUCGCGACUCAAAACCUGCUGUCAACACCGCUCAGACUAUGCGAUAAGGCUUCUCACACCUUCAAUCGGACUGAAAAAUGGCUUCUCCUUCGAGGAUCCCCUCUGAACAGCCUCCUAGGUCUGCUUCGCCCUCGAGCUUCCGACCUCGAUCGAUUUCCGCUUCGGUCCCUCGAGCUGAUUUGACAGCGCGUCUUGCUUCUCCCAUCCCAUCACAACUUGGAACUACGCCUCCCAGAGGAGGUUCGCCACGACCUGAUGCAGCUCCACGUGCCGAGAAUCUCGAGGAUUUGACCCAGUUGCCUGGAAGCGGGACCAGCGCCCAAGGACCUGGUGUAUCUGCUCUCGCCGCUGCACUCUCCAACUCUCUAGGCCAGUCUCCUCCGCGACAUGGCACUCCCGCAGCUCGCGUUGCUACUCCCCCGAUUCGCUCACAGUCUCCUCUGCUCGGCGGUCGAAAUUCGGGUACACCGACCAACUAUGGCUCUUUCAAUUCACGGUCACAAAAUGCGCUGGGCACCAGUGCACCUUACGAAGAUCCUGAGAUUGUCAAGCGUCAUCUAGUCCAACCCUCGGAUGAUAAUCCAGGCUCAGAAGAGUCAUCGAUUCAAGGUAAUUCGAAGGGCAAGCAGCCAGCCGAAAUCGGCGGUGCCGGACUGGGCGAGGACGAGUUCUCCAGCCUGAAGUUGCAGGGAGGUGAUGUGACUCGAGGUAUCUACAAGUGGACCGAACAGGCAGAAGCGAGAGCAAAGUACAACCGCAGCAAGAGUUUCGAUUUGGGACGGCCUGAGCCCGAGGCGGAGGUACUUGACAUCAACUCGAUAAAGGUGCCCGGUGGCUUCCGAAGAAACCAUCUCCGUCGUAACGUCCAAAGCCCUGGCCCUCACGGUCAUCCUGAGGACGGCCACGCCUCUCCUGCGCCGGGCCAGCAGAGAUUGUUCACCUCAAGCUUCCUCGAAUUCUUGACGAUUUAUGGCCACUUCGCUGGUGAGGAACUGGAGGAGGAUGACGAAGACUUAGGACCGAACGAGUACUUCUCAUCCGGAGAAGACACAGACGAGUACAACUCCGACGACGAGCGGGAGCCUAUGGAGGAUAGUGCCUUGUUGACACCUUCAAGACGCAGACGCAAGCGCAAGGUCCGCGGUGGCACUGGAAACAAUAGUCCCAUGAACGCGGCCUUGCUGCUUCUUAAGUCCUUUGUCGGUACUGGUGUCCUCUUCCUUCCUCGAGCCUAUCUCAACGGAGGUAUGCUCUUCAGCAACCUGAUUCUCUUUGGCGUUGCCGCUCUGAGCUAUUACUGCUUUGUGCUUCUCGUGCAAACACAGCUCAAGGUUGGAGGCUCUUUUGGUGAUUUGGGUGGUGCACUUUACGGGAAGCAUAUGCGUACCCUCAUUUUGGCUUCUAUUGUCAUCAGCCAGAUCGGUUUCGUUGCCGCUUAUACCGUAUUCACUGCCGCCAAUUUGCAGGCCUUCGUCAGGGCUGUUUCCGACUGCAAGUCCUCGAUCAGUAUCCAGUGGCUCAUUCUUAUCCAGAUGCUCAUCUUCCUGCCAUUUGCUCUUCUACGAGAUAUUGGAAAGCUAGCAUUUACUGCUCUAGUCGCGGAUGCCUUUAUUUUGAUUGGUCUGGCUUACCUCCUGUACUACGAUAUUCUGACUCUCAACGCGAACGGUAUCUCCGACAUCAUCAUGUUCAACAAGAAGGACUGGACCUUGUUCAUUGGAACUGCGAUUUUUACUUUCGAAGGCAUUGGUCUCAUCAUUCCCGUUCAGGAGUCGAUGAGACACCCUCAAAAGUUUCCUCGGGUUCUUCUUAUCGUUAUGAUUAUCAUCACAGUCCUCUUCAUUGGCAUGGGUGCCAUCUCUUAUGCUGCCUACGGUUCUCACACCGAAACUGUUGUCUUGCUCAACUUGCCUCAGGACAACAAGAUGGUCAACGGAGUUCAGUUCUUGUACUCUGUUGCCAUUUUGCUUUCUACACCAUUGCAGAUCUUCCCUGCCAUUCGUAUCGCUGAAACAGAGCUUUUCACUCGCAGCGGCAAGUAUAAUCCUUGGGUCAAGUGGCAGAAGAACGUCUUCCGUUUCUUCGUGGUGAUGCUUUGCGCGGCCAUUGCUUGGCUCGGUGCCGACCAUCUGGACAAGUUUGUUGCUCUCGUUGGUAACUUUGCCUGCAUUCCACUUGUCUUUAUCUAUCCUCCUAUGCUUCAUUAUAAGGCGAUUGCCCGUACGAAGUUUUGGAAGGUGGCCGACAUCCUACUCUGUAUCUUUGGAUUUAUCGCAAUGGCGUACGCUACCACGCUUACUGCGAUGAGUUGGGCCACUGCGGAACCUAAGCAUCCGGGAUACUGUGAUGAGAAGGGAACAAUGGUUGGCUUCUGAGUCAUUGACUCAUGUAUAGUUGGUGUAUAGGUGUGUGAGCAUGGGUUUGAGAGGUUUGACGGCCGCAAGGCUUGCUAUACCCGUGUGUUAGUUGAGGAUCCAUUGCAUAUUGUAGCUUGCAUUGUGGUGUUACAUUAUUGGAUAGAUUGUAUGUAGCAUUUGGGAACGGGUGAUGGGAGUUGAAGGGUUUAGCCGGUUCAGUUUCGAGUUUCAUUAUACAUCGCGUAAGAUGGCGUAUUCAUCUGUAUUCCUUGACGGUCGUUAAUUCGUG